UGAAACCGCCCCCCCUGGCACAGCUGUUUCCGAUUGGAAUCUGAUUGGAAAACAAAGAAAUGUAGUCGAUAUAUCGAUAUAGUACAAUCGACCGGUUUCAGUUACGCUGCAGCGAAAUGCGCUUUUUACGGAAUUCCAAAUUAAUUGCUCCACUGGCCCGGAAUUCCUCGACGCAAGCUGGACGACGACGCGUGGUGAUCACUGGCAGUGGAGCCGUAACGCCGCUGGGCAACAAUGUGCCGGACUCCUGGCGGCGUGUGCUGGCCGGCGAGUCCGCAAUCUCCCAGCUGGGGCCGGAGUUCAAGGGCUUGCCAUGUCAGGUUGCAGCACAAAUUGUGAGGGAAAACUUGCAGCUGGACACGCAUCUGAGCAAGACAGACAUCAAACUAAUGAGCCCUGCCACGCAACUGGCUGUACUGGCGGCGGAGGAAGCUCUGGCCUCGGGGAAUCUCAAGCCAAAGGAGCUCAGUGAGGAGCAGCGGGAACGCUUUGGUGUCUGUGUCGGAAUGGGAAUGUUCGAUCUGGCGGAGGUUUACAACACCUGGAACCAGCUGCAGCGAGGCUACAAUCGGGUCAGUCCCUACUUUGUGCCAAGACUGCUGCCCAACAUGGCAUGUGGCCACAUCAGCAUGCGGCACGGUCUGCGCGGGCCCAACCACUCCGUUUCGACCGCUUGCGCGACUGGAGCCCAUGCUCUGGGCGAUGCCAUGCGCUUCAUUCGCAACGGCGAUGCGGAUGUGAUGCUAGCGGGAAGCGGGGAGGCCUGCAUCGACCCACUGUCAAUAGCUGGCUUCUGCAGACUGCGCGCCCUCAGUACCGCAUUUAAUGAUAACCCAGCCGUGGCUUCGCGACCUUUUGACAAGGCGCGUGAUGGCUUUGUGAUGGGCGAGGGAGCAGCUGUGCUCCUGCUGGAGGAACUUGAGCAUGCACGCGCCCGUGGCGCCCCCAUUCUGGCGGAGCUGCUGGGCUAUGGCCUCUCGGGCGAUGCACACCACAUCACAUCACCCAGCGAGGAUGGGGCUGGAGCCACACUGGCCAUGCAGCGAGCCCUAAAGGACGGUGGUGUCAGCCCUGCGGAGAUCAGCUACGUAAACGCCCACGCCACAUCCACACCCACUGGCGAUCGCAUCGAAUCGCAUGCCAUUAGACGAGUGUUUGGCGAACACACACCACAGGUUCAAGUAUCCUCGACCAAGGGCUCCCACGGACACCUGCUGGGCUCCUCUGGCAGCCUGGAGGCACUCUUUGUGGUGCACGCCUGCGCGGAGAAUACGCUGCCGCCUUCCAUCAACAUUGACCAGAUGGAUGUGGAUGUGAAUGUGGUGACCAAAGCCUGCGAAUGGUCGCAGGGGCAGGCAAGGCGCGUAGCUUUGAAGAAUUCCUUUGGCUUUGGCGGCACCAAUGCCUCCCUAUGCAUUGCCAGCUACUCCGAAGAGUAGAGCGGACACUUUUACAUUAUUGUUGUUUUUCAUUGUUAUAUCCACGGAAAUAAAAACCCUGAAUGUUUUGCAUA